AUGGUUUCAACGAAGUUGCUCCUCUUUACUGCUCUGCUGAGCAUUAUGGCCACCAGUGGCUCGGCACAGGGGGAUUUUACAAACUUUGGAUUACUUGGACCAUCUAGUCCGGCGCUGCAGUCAUUCAGCAAUUUCGUUUCAUAUGUGAAAACGGAGUUCUACUCAUUGAUACCCACCAAGGAUGGCUACCACUUUAAAUUGGAAGAACCUAAUGGCAGCAUGCGCGAGGAAAUGGUUAUGUUUCUUUAUCCUGGAACGGACCGACAAGAAACGGUGGUGAUGGGAUCCUACUCCACUUACGAUAAAGAGACCAACACCGAUUCUGUUACCAUGUAUGUGGCCGAUAAGAAGGGUAAUAGAGCCCGUUACCAAAAUAAGGUCAGAAAACUGCCUAUUAUGUGUCUCAAGUCCUGCACUGGAUAA